AUGUGUGAACAUCCCGAAUACCAUGCAGUGUUUGCUGAUGAUAUUGUGUGUUAUUCGUAUGACCGUGGCUUCAGAAACUGUCCAGGAAGAACGAGUAAAAGGGUUGGUACGGGAUUGGGCACCUCUGGUAUGGCUUGCACCUGGUGAGCUGUUCUUGCCACUUGGAGUACCCGAGUUCCUUGAAAACAUGCAAUCGGACGACGACUACCUUCGCACUAGAAUCGACGUAGAGACACUGUUGAAGAACCGAUCAUCGUUCUUGUACGGCCGGAAGCCGGCAGGUACGGUUCCAGUUUACACUGUGAUCAAGAGCUGCACCACGUCAGAAAUUUCUACGGACACGAUCAAUUCAAAAACCAUCAGAGACGAAAGAAAGUCGCGAAGAAAAGGAAGAACGUUGAUAGUAGCAAGAAAUGCGCUUCAAGUCGACGAUUUCGGAUCGAUGAUCCUCACCAAUGAUCUGCCGGGAACAAUUUUGAACGGCGGCACCAAAGCUGGUGUGGAGAAACCAGGGGAUUCAGAUAAAAAGAAUAAAAAAGGGAACAGGUCCCGGAAGCUACACUUUCACGUGACCUAUUGGAUGUUCUAUCCGUUUAGCGAGGGAAAGGCAGUUUGCGUUCUGGAUCUCGGAUUUUUUGGUAGCUGGCCGAUACCGACUGUGGGCGGUAUGUGUUUCGGAAUACUCAAAGAGUAUGGCAGUCAUGUGGGCGAUUGGGAGCACAUGAGCCUUUAUUUCAAGGACGCCCAUUAUCCUUCGGCGAUGUAUGUAUCCGCUCACGAUGCAGGAGCGUUUUAUCGUUACGAUCUGCGAAGCGGUACCUUCGUAUACGAGAGUCAAGAAACGCGAAAAGGCAUCUUCCAGAAGCCUAUAUUCCCCGAAAGAGUGUUUACUGCCGGCGGUUCUCAUCCGAUACUGUUCAGUGCCAGGGGAUCUCACGGGUUGUGGACAGCACCGGGGAAACACAAAUUUGUCAGAUUGCCACGGCUUUACGACGAGAGCGGUUUUGGUACGGCUUGGCCUACGUGGAAGAAGAUGGAAAUGUUGCUGAAAGAGGACAACGGCAUCUUACCCACCUGGAUGACUUUCAAAGGGAAGUGGGGUAAUCCUAAAAGUAAUUGUCAUCCCUUAGCCAGGCUUGGUUUUAACAUUUGCGAAUUUGUUGAUGGACCAACAGGUAUACCCAUGAAACGAUCGAGUUUCCGUUGCUGACGAUGACUUUUUGUAUUUGGUUAAUAUAUUUACUACUUAGGGUACAUAAAGCCUUGCUGAAAAUCGCCCAUUAUAGGACAGGUUGCAAUUGUGUGAUACUUUAAAAUGUAUUGACUGUGAACGCACGAAUUAAAUAAUGUUAAUAGCUAAAAAGCAUAUACAAUAUAAGAUUCGUGAUUUUGCAUUAUUAGUACAAUAUACAUAUAAUGAAA